GCUCAACCCACUGCUUGAACGUUGAAAGCCUGUGUACAGUUGCUAGGUGACAUUAUAGAUUAUACGUCUCUGUCUGAGUACGCGCCUCUGGUGGAGGCCGAUAUGUGAGAGAGGGGGAAGUCAGCGUGACUUGUGCGUCGGAUAACUCCCAAUCACUUCCCUACUUGACAUCAGCCGAUACCUUACUAGCAUUGGCCUACAUUUCUAUUUUCAUAUUUUCACGUUUAUUCUGGACUAUUAUUGUAUGUAGCAGACUGAAUGAGGACAUAGUUUCUAUCGGACGAAAAAAAGGGGAGUACCUCACUGAUCGUUAUUGGUGUUCCUCUUUUCUUUAUCAAUCCCUGGUCACCGCUACUGUCCAGCCUCCAGCUUCCAGCCACCGUUCACCACACGGUAACCCCAGCUAACAGGUGUGACGAUGUCGGAUUAUGUCUGGCCUUACGUUCAGCUUUUGCCGGCCGUGUCGGGGACCAUGUGGGGCGUCACUGCGGGAGGAGUGGGGCUAGCGCUGGCCAUCACGGUGUACAGGUGCCUGAACAGACCCGGCCCGGCACGGCGCCACCCAGUCCACAGGCUCAGACAGGGGAUUGAGCUCGAUGAUGGUGUUUACCAAUCUCCUCUAGUCACAGAUCCUUUCUCAGAGGAAUGCUAUCUACCGGAUGUCCACACGCUGUACGAGGGCUUUCAGAGGGGGCUCCGCAUAUCACGAAAUGGCAAAUGCUUGGGGAAGAGAGGCGGCGCGGAAGGUCACUAUCAAUGGCUGACAUACGCGGAGGUUUUUGACAGGGUGAAGGAUUUCGGAUCGGGCCUACUGGAGUUAGGCUUAUGUCCCCGUCAGGGGACGUUCCUGGGCAUUUACAGCCUUAGCCGGAUUGAGUGGACCCUGACGGAGCAAGCCGUGAAUGCGUAUUCCAUGGUGGUAGUGCCCCUCUACGACAGCCUGGGGCGCGGGGCAACUUCCUUCAUCAUCAACCAAGCUGAGCUAGAGACGGUGGUGUGUGACAGCGAAAACCGAGCAAUGAGUCUGGUGAGGAACGCAAAGAAAACCCCGUCGCUAAAGCGACUGAUAAUGAUGGACGCGCUGAGUGAGCGACUAGUGGUCGAAGGUCGGGCAGUUGGCGUGGACAUUAAGUCCUUCUCCUAUGUCGAGGAUCUGGGUCGCAGCCACCCGCGGGAACCUGUGCCUCCGAAACCAGAGGACUUAGCGACUAUCUGUUAUACCAGCGGCACCACAGGUGAUCCCAAGGGAGUAAUGUUAUCUCAUUUCAACAUCGCUGCCAAUGUCGAUUUCAUCACAAAGUUUGAUUUCUUUGGCUUUAGAGUCACCCCUGACGAUGUUCACAUGUCAUAUCUACCGCUGCCGCAUAUGUUCGAGAGGUGCAUGCAGUUCAUGAUGUUCACCAAUGGUGGACAGAUCGGGUUUUACCAAGGCGACAUUAAGCGCCUGACGGACGACAUCGCCGAGCUGAAGCCGACCAUCUUCGCCACUGUACCCAGACUACUGAACAGGCUCUACGACAAGAUUUUGUCGGCCUCAAAGACCAAUCGUUUCAAGUCUUUAAUCUUCAACUUGGCCUUAAGAGCGAAGCUUGCUGAGAUUAAUCGGCACAUUGUGCGGAAUGAUAGCUUGUGGGACCGACUUGUCUUCGGAAAGGUGCAGUCGAUUUUAGGAGGUCGCCUCAAGUGCAUAAUCACAGGUUCGGCGCCAAUUUCCCCCCUAGUGCUAAACUUUUUGAGAUGUGUUUUCGGAUGCCAGGUCCUGGAGGGCUACGGUCAGACAGAAACCACGGCACCUAUCGCUCUUCACAUUCCCGACGACUGUGACACUGAUUAUAUCGGCGGGCCGACACCGUGUCAUUAUGUGAAACUGACAGACGUUCCGGACAUGGGCUACUUUGUCAGCGAGAAGAAAGGAGAGAUAUGCGUAAAAGGCCCCGAUGUGUUUUCGGGGUACUACAAAUCCCCGGAGAAAACCGCCGAAGUGUUUGACGAGGAGGGAUGGUUACUGACUGGAGACAUCGGCCAAUGGCGAGAGAACGGUGCACUAAAAAUCAUCGACAGAAAAAAGCAUAUCAUGAAAUUAUCACAGGGUGAGUACAUCUCCCCCGAGCGAAUUGAAAGCGUGUACACCAGAUGUCCUUUCGUGGGGCAAAUCUACGUCCACGGAAACAGUCUGAAGGCGUAUCCAGUGGCUAUCGUCGUGCCUGAUCCGGAGGAGAUCGGAAGCUGGGCCGAACGGCAAGCGAUAGAGGCAAGCCUGGAAGACCUCUGCUUGAAAAAGGUUGUAAAGGAGACGAUCCUAUCAGAUAUGCUGUCACAAGGAUGCUCUGGUGGCCUUCUGUCGUAUGAACAGGUUCGCAACAUCUACUUGGAGCCCAGAGCCUUUAGUGUGGAGAACGGGCUUUUGACCCCGACGUUCAAGAACAAACGACCUCUUUUGGCCAAAAGCUAUGCCGAGAAGCUGCGGGAACUGUACGACGAAGCAGAAGCCUAACAAAUCCCCCCCAGACAUUUACAGAGAUUCUAAUAAACUGACAAUAAAUAAGACGGCAGCGGCUGAGAAAAUGACAUGGAAACACAAAGCCAAGCUUCAUCUGUACGUAAGGAGGUACAGCAGAACAGAAGCCGAAGACCACAGCACUGUAUGCGGAGAGCUGAACUUGGUAGCGGAAGACAAAAACUUCGAUCCUGUCUGUUGAGGGCGGCACGCGAAGCAAAAUCUUAGGACCACAUGACUAUCUGUGGAGAGUAUUAGCAGAAACCAGAGACCACUUGACUGUCUGCGGAGAGCGGUGGUGGCAUGGAAAGCAGAAACCAGAGACCACUUGAAUCUCCCCGGAGAGCGGUGGUGGCAUGGAAAGCAGAAACCAGAGACCACUUGACUCUCUGUGGAGAGCGAAAACCAAAGUCAGCGGUUUACAUGAAAGACGUUAUGGAAAGGUUGUCAUUCAGCUUGUUUUAAUGAUCAUGAGACAUUCCUGUUACAGUUUUAUUACUAUUACCUAGUUGAGGAUACCACCGAUGUAAAAUGUUCUGUCAUUCUCUUUUCGAGAAAACAAUGACUUAUGUUUAAAAAAUGAAUAAUAAAAGGACUAUUAAGUUCUGAAACAGUUCAAUUACAUGUUUUACUGAAUUACCUGGAGAUGAAAGAAGUACCCAUCUUUAUAUCAGCGUUGACGGAAGAAAAAACAACCUUCACGCCACAGAUUUCUAACUUAAUCUUUAUCUGUGUCAUCGGAAUUACCAUGUGCCAUCUGUCCUGUUGU